UUUGACGAAUGGUUUUUUCCAAAUGAAAUUUGUAAUUCUUGGGAAGAAUUUUAAGUUCUUUGUACUACAGAGUGUUUUCUAUAAAUAUUGAGCUGUUUGAAAACGAAUUAAGACUUGUGUUGUUCCAUUCUGUGGAAUUUCUUGUCAAUUACUUUCCAUUAGCAAGCCAUUGUAAUGCUAAGCAGAACUUUCAACUUUCGCUGCUGUUGGCCAAAUGUCCGAAAACACAUAUUGGCCAAGGCUCGGCUAAGGUGGCAACACAAUAAUAUUUUAUGACACGGCAUUAACAUGGCCAUUGACAGCUCAGAAACUGAACCAUUGUGUCUCGGCAAAUGCCAAAAGUGCCGUUGCCCGGAAUCAAUUCCAGAAACCAGUUCUCAUAAACAGUAGUCCCUUGUCCCAGAAAUGCCUCCAGCCCGUCUCCGGUAUUCCCCUAAUGAUGGCCAACUUCAAGGGGGCACACUGUGUUUUCACAUUCCUAGAACAUUGCCGAAUAUGAAUCGUCAAUGCAAAUUAGUUGCGGCCUGACCCAAAUUGGAUGGCCAUAAAAUUGGUCGAGAGUUCCAAAAUCGGUUUAGUCGUAGCCAGGGCCAACGCCUAAAAUAUGUAUUAGCCAGCAUGAGGCUGUCACUUCUGCUUUUGGUAAUCCAGUCUUGGGCCCUUGUGGCCAUAGCCACUCCAGCCAAGCAUUGGCGCCGCGCUCCCGCCCAGGGGGUAUUCAAUGUGGAUGUCUAUGCCUACAACAAGCCCCGGAUGAACCUGGUGCGCCGCCAGGCCGUGGCCAGUCGAUCGGUGGAUCCCCCGCCCAUGGGCCACCUGCUGCAGCAGAUCUCCCAGCACAGCCGGCGAUCCGAUGACCAGAGGUCCCACUACAGAAACCUGGACAGCGAUGUGGGCCAAAUGCGAGGCCAAACAAUCGAAGACCCGGCCAUAAACAUGCAAUUAAUGCCACUGCAAGUGAACUCCAGCCAGCACGCACAGGACAAGAGCCAUUUGUACUCGAACGAGUUCCAUGUGCAAAAUAUUGGGGCCAAGAAGAUAGUGCAAUUGAAUACCCUCAGCUCGGAGCAUGACCGUAAACCAGUCGGAGAAGAAGUUAUGGCCGAGAAGCAGGAACAACAGCAGCAACUAGAGGAGCAGCCGCUGAAGGUGAAGCUGUCAUUGCCCGAACUGCCAGAGCAGCAGGAGCUGGUGGAGCUGCCGGAGAACAAUGUGGCUGCAGGGGCAGAAACUGAGCAGGACACAAUCAAAAAACCAGAUACCACCCCCUUGACAAUCCCCGGAGCGGAAACCCCGACAAGUGUGAAGAAAACCAUGGCCCCGAGUGGGACAAUUAUCGAUAUGGCAUCGACAGGAAUGCAGGAGCUUGUCAGCCAGUCGACAGGGCAGAAUGCCGAUGACACGAACACAAAGGCCUCGAACGGUAAAAAAAGGCCACAAGAAGCCAAAGUCCGGCCAGGACGACCGAAAACCAGGCGAAAGCAAACGCCAACUGGAACGAGGACUUCUAAUGAAACUGAUACAAAGAUGACAGCGAGUCAACCAUCGAACACUGCAGCCACUCCAUCUCCUGUUCUAAGCCCCAUCCUGAAACCGAGUCCUGGUCCAGGGAUUGCCAGGGAACCGAUGAAGGAAUUGGAAGCACAAUCGCCGGAAAUCAGCACGCAUCGUCCUUUAGCCACGAAGGGCAAAAGCAAGAGCAAGGGUAAGGGCAAGAAUAAGCGACGUCAGGACGCAUCCCAAAGACGUCCUGUCAGCGGGGCUAUGGGGGAGGAAAUUGAAACUACGACAAAUUGGUGGCAGAUACUGCCGUAUGCGGAAAUUAGAAAAUUUUUGAAUACGAUUUAUGAUACCAUCGCCGACGAUGUUGACGACGAACGUGCCACGGAUGAUGUGUGAAAUCGUUGGGGUUGCGGGAUUCCGGAUUUAGUGUUUAUAGAGGGUCUGGCCGGACGUCGAAUUGAAUUUCCGCCGGGGCCCCAACAUUGUGUACUGAUCAAAUAGCCAGUAAGUCGGGGAUGUGAUUCGAUUGUCACAAUAAUUUGCAAUAAAACGAAAUACACUAAGAUUAAUGAAGCUCCCCACUGGGGCCCGACUUUUUCUGGUCAGGAUUGGGUUGGA